CGCAUCUAGGAGCUUGCGCUUGAGCUCAAGACACCGACGGUCCUUUGAUCGUGCCUCCAUCGCCCACCUCUGUCCAUUCACUGAUAAGGCGAAAUAACCAGUGACAAGGCUGAAUAUUCAUUUCGACGUCCGCUUGUUCGUUUUUUUCGUGCUCUCAGAAGUCUGCUCUCAUUCAAAACAUCCGCCGCGAUAGUUGGAGAAAUGUGGAAGCCACUCAAGUGAUCUGCUGAAAUGCCCCCACAUUAGGGUUCCACCAGAUUUGCGCUUUUGGUUUGCCUUCUGCUUGACUCAUCGGAUGUUCUGAUUGUUAUGGGACAUGUAUGAUGAUUCCAAGGCUAUGGCCAGCGAACCUCUCGAAGGCUUCCAUGAAGUGAACCUGGCUUCACCCACGACCCCUGACCUGCACGGCCAGGUGGAGUCCCAUACGCCAAAGCACAGUGCCGCGCCCAGCGCCCACUACCGCCCGCCCGCCCUCAGCUCUGGCCCCUGCCUGCCCAAUGCCCUCCGGGCUGACCAGCUGCCCACCCAGCCUGUCUACUCCACCCCCAAGCGAUGUGCAGAAGAGCCCCACAAUGGCAGUGUCCCAGGGCUGGACAUCCAGCUCUCGGGCUGUUGCUCCAUCUCCUCAACAGGCUCCGCCCGACUUGGGGUGGAGCCUAUUAAGGGCGGGGUCCUGAGCAGCAAGGAAGGGGAGGAGUCUGACAGCCUGUGCCACCUCAGAAGCCCCACUGUGAUGGAAGUCAGAGAGAAAGGGUAUGAAAGGUUGAAGGAGGAGCUGGCCAAAGCGCAGCGGGAACUUAAAUUAAAAGAUGAAGAAUGUGAAAAGCUAUCUAAAGUAAGGGACCAGCUCGGGCAAGAACUGGAAGAGCUCACAGCUAGCCUGUUCGAGGAGGCUCACAAGAUGGUGCGAGAGGCCAACAUGAAGCAGGCAACCGCCGAGAAGCAGCUGAAGGAAGCCCUGGGGAAGAUUGACGUACUGCAGGCAGAGGUGGCCGCCCUGAAGAACCUGGUGUUGUCCACCUCCCCCACCUCCCCCUCGAAGGACCUCCCCCCAGGCCCCAAGGCCCCCUUCAAGAAGGGCCACGCCCGGAACAAGAGCACCAGCAGCGCCCCGCUGGGCAGCCAGCAGGAAUUCAGCGUCACGCAGUCUCUCGGCCGCGACUGCAAAGAGGUGGACCCGCUUCUCCUCAGUGAGUUCAAGGCCUGGAGAGAGGAUCCCACCCUGGAGAGGAGCUGCUCUUUCCUGGAGCGCAUCUACAGAGAGGACAUCUACCCCUGCCUGACCUUCUCAAAGAGUGAGCUUGGAGCAGCCAUCCUGGAGGCGGUGGAGAGGAACACGCUGAGCGUGGAGCCGGUUGGCUUCCAGCAGCUUCCUGUGGUCAAGGCUUCUGCUAUGGAGUGUGGGGGACCCAAAAAGUGUGCCCUCAGCGGCCAGACCAAAACCUGUAAGCACAGAAUCAAGUUGGGCGACUCCAGCAGCUAUUAUUAUGUGUCCCCCUUCUGCCGGUACCGGAUCACCUCAGUCUGCAACUUCUUCACCUACAUCCGCUACAUCCACCAAGGGCUGGUCAAGCAACAGGAUGCGGAACAGAUGUUUUGGGAGGUCAUGCAGCUGCGUAAGGAGAUGUCAUUCGCCAAGCUCGGAUACUACAAGGAGGAGCUGUGACCUGUGGGGCGGGAGGAAGGCGUGUCUUCAACUCUCAUAGGGCGAUGAGACGAGACAGACAGGGGAAUGCUCCAUUCGCCUCAAUCCCAACAGAUAGGCAGGCCCCACCUCCCUGCCCUCAUUCCUUUGCAUCUCAUUAUACAGGACACGCCCCACCUGUGUUUAAUGCCUUUGAGUGCUAGCAACUGGACUGUAGGCCCACCUGUUUCCAGUGUCCUUCAAUACACAUAUUCUCUUCUACUCAGAAAGAGGAGCGAAUGUGAACCUGCAGGUGACUAAAUCAAAAGAUACCGAGUAAGUUCUUAUUAGAAGAAAAAGGUUUGAUCCAGUUUAUGUCUGUGUUCUUUUUUAAGGACUCAAGGAAGAAACAAAGACCUGGAAAUGAUAAAAGUGGAAUGUUGUGAUUUCAAACCAUACCAAUAAAUUGUAUCUGGCUCUUUAGCUCUAAACCCAAACUGUAGUUAGCAGAACAUGGCAGUAAAGUUGUGUGUGUAUGUAUGAUAUGUGCUGUAUGUAUGUUUAAUCUGUGUACAUCUGUAGAGUUUUUUUUUUUUCUGCACUCCAGUCUUAAAGCUUCCCUCACUUUAUUUUAGUGCCUUUCUGGACUAUACUGAAUAAAACUGUAUACCUCUGGA